UAUAUACCAAACCUGACGAAAAUUCAUCUAAUUCUAAAUACAGCAUUUUUUUUCGAAACAAAUUUUUCACAGAUUAUUUCAACAAAAAUGAUAUGUUUUUUGAAUACUUUUAGUUCAUUUUAAAAGUAUUUUGAUAUCACCGGCUUGGUUAUGUAGAAUGUAGGCCAUUUGUAAAAUAAUGACAUUCGAAUGAUGACAUUAGUUAUAUGUAUUUUAAAUUUAUAAAUUUAAACGUUAACGUAAGUUUGCAAAAAUGGUAUUUUUCACACGUAUUUUAGCUUACGCAAAGCCACCGAGGAAAUAUCUUCAAAAAGGUUUUAUCGAUAAUGUAAGAUUCCAUGUACGAGGAGGUGCAGGAGGUUCUGGUCUUGCUCGAUAUGGUGGAAUAGGUGGACGUGGUGGAGAUGUUGUUAUUGUUGCUACUGAAAAAAUGACGUUGCGUGAUGUGAUGAAUAAAUAUCAAAAAAAAUCUAUUUAUGCUAAUCCUGGAUACGAUAGUGAAAGACGAGGUAUUCUCGGCAAACCUGGAGAAAAUAUUGAAAUCAAAGUUCCUGUUGGCGUAACAGCUUAUGAUUCAAAUGGCGCUAUCAUUGGAGAAGUAGAUAAACCAGGUUCAACGUUAAUCGUUGCUAAAGGUGGAAUUGGUGGAUGUCCGGAAACUGGUUUCAGUGGUCAAAGGGGACAAAGAGAUACAAUUACUUUAGAUUUAAAACUAAUUGCAGACGUUGCUUUAGUAGGAUUUCCUAAUGCUGGAAAAAGUACUCUCUUAAAUCUUAUUUCUAAUGCUAGACCAAAAAUUGCUGCAUAUCCUUUUACUACUAUGAGACCACAUCUAGGAAUUAUAAAUUAUCCAGAUUUAAGAACAAUCUCUGUAGCUGAUUUACCAGGACUCAUUGAAGGAGCUCAUAAUAAUAUUGGAUUGGGUCAUAAAUUUUUAAAACACUUAGACAGAACAAAAUUAUUAAUUUUUAUUGUUGAUAUUCAAGGUUUCCGUUUAUCUACUAAAUAUCACGCUAGAAGUUGCUUAGAAACAUUAAUUUUACUUAAUAAGGAAAUGGAACUUUAUCAGCCAGACUUAAUUGACAUGACUGCAAUUCUCAUUGUAAAUAAAAUGGAUAGUCCUAAUGCUGAAAAAACAUUUAAAGCAAUUGAGCCAGCUUUGAAAAAUUUAGCAUGUGUCGUUGAUGAUUAUCCAAAAGAAAUGAGACCUGAAAACGUUGUAAAAUUUGAAGAAAUUUUUUCAACCUCAUUAAUUUUAAAAAAAGAAGAUGAAAUAAAUUUAAUUAAGGAAAAAAUUAGAUACUAUUUAGAUAAACAAGCAGAGAAAGAACUUGAAAACAGAGAAGAUCCGAUCGAAGUUAAAGUUUUUAAUAAAUUGAAACAAGAGUUGAGAAUACAUUCACCAACGGUUGUUUGAAAAUGUUCAAUAUAUGUAUAUAUUAAAUUUUGAAUAUAAAUUUUAUAUUGGA